AUGUCUCAAAGAUCCAAUUCCGGAGGCUCUGAUGAAUCGCUGGCUGAGCGAUCUGUCGCCACGUCUGUCAUUCGGGACACUGGCACUAAGGCACGUGCAAUUAUUGUUCAAAGCUCAUGGACUGAAAAAACGGAAAAGUCUUCUGAAUUCUAUUGUAACGGCGUUCAGAAAGGUAAGCCUUGUAGAUUCGAAGUGAUUUCAUCUUUUCCCUCAUUAUAA